GCGAUAAACCCUAAAAAUGCCAAAGAACCCUAGAUUCUGGGGAGCAUGAAUGACGAGGACGCGACGGUGAUUGCGUGCUUGGAUUCCGCGGAUGCGAUCCUCAGGCUUCGCGAUGUGCUCAACACCCAACUCGCGCAGGGGUGGAUAGAGAUGGCGCGUGCUCGCUACUCCAUGGGGCAUUCCAGGAUCAACGAGUCGCUCUUCAGCCUGAGAGCGCACCGCUCGCUUGUGUGCGUUAGCGAAGGCGAGCUGGAGAUCAAGCCAAGCGGCUCUGCGCAAGAAGAAGAAGAAGAAGACUCGAGUGACGAUGAAGUGGUGACGAUGGACAGCAAGAGAGUGGAUCCCCUGUGCUGGUUUGGCAGCCUCGUCUCGCCUCAUUUGCGAGCUUCACAGCAAUCCUUCCAGAAAGCAUUGCGGACACUGGUGGAAAUCGCGAACGCUCAAUGCGACGCACAGAUCCAGUGCGGUAAGAACGGUUGCUUUCGGCAUCGAAUGUUCUUCAAAUCAACACUCGCUCUCUUUCUUUCCGAUUUUUUGUGUUCUUCCCAGACAAAGUAUCGAGAGGGAGGGUCCAAGCCAGUAAUUACUAAUGACGACGAUGUUGCUGGCUGGCCAAGGAAAACCAGGUCACGAAAUCACGAUCUACCCACGUCUGCCCUAGCCGGCACGUGUCGGUGGAUCUCCAAAACGGCAGCUCUGUUUUGCGUAGGAGGACCUAAUAUAUUUCCAUGCUCUCUUUCUUUGCGCGUCUUUCUGGUCGCGGGCACGAGCUGGGAUAGAGGAGGAGGACGGGGUCGUCUCCACAUCGCCAAGGCACAGCCCUCGAGCGUGAGUGUGGUGGUGCGGUAGAUCUGGUAGAUCUGUGCGUGUG